CAAGUCUAGGGUUUUACAACUUCCCUGUACAAAGAGAAGAGAAGCCCUCUAGAAAAAAGAGUCUCCUUAUAUACAGAAAUCAUAAAUACACAUCGUAGUAGAGAUAGACAAAGGGAAAGCGAAAGGAUGAGCAGGCCAAGGUGUUACUUGGACAUAAGCAUUGGAGGAGAGCUCGAAGGAAGGAUUGUGGUGGAGCUUUACGACGACGUUGUUCCUAAAACUGCUGAGAAUUUCAGAGCUCUUUGUACUGGUGAGAAAGGCAUUGGUCCUCAUACUGGUGUCCCCCUCCAUUACAAGGGAUGUCAAUUUCAUCGUGUCAUCAAAGGUUUUAUGGUCCAAGGUGGAGAUAUCUCUGCAGGAGAUGGUACUGGUGGUGAAUCUAUUUAUGGCCUGAAAUUUGAGGAUGAGAAUUUCAAAUUGAAACAUGAAAGAAAAGGCAUGUUAUCUAUGGCCAAUGCAGGUGCCAAUACAAAUGGAUCACAAUUCUUUAUAACAACCACACGUACAUCUCAUUUGGAUGGGAAACAUGUUGUAUUUGGAAAGGUUGUUAAAGGGAUGGGAGUUGUUCGUUCAAUUGAGCAUGCCACUACUGGUGAUGAUGGUGAUUGUCCUGCUGUUGAUGUUUUAAUUGCUGAUUGUGGGGAGAUUCCUGAGGGGGCAGAUGAUGGGAUAUCUAAUUUCUUCAAGGAUGGUGAUAUUUAUCCUGAUUGGCCAGCUGACCUUAAUGAUAGUCCUAAUGAACUUUCUUGGUGGAUGGAUGCUGUGGAUUCCAUCAAGGCUUUUGGAAAUGAUCACUACAAGAAACAAGACUUUAAGAUGGCUCUUAGAAAAUAUCGCAAGGCUUUACGGUAUCUGGAUAUCUGCUGGGAGAAAGAUGGGAUUGAUGAAGAGAAAAGCUCAUCUCUGAGAAUGACAAAGUCACAGAUAUUGACAAACAGUGCUGCUUGCAAGUUAAGAUUGGGUGAUCUGAAAGGAGCAUUGUUGGACACUGAUUUUGCUAUGCGUGAAGGAGAUAAUAAUGUGAAAGCUUUAUUUCGCCAGGGACAGGCACACAUGGCUCUUAAUGAUAUUGAUGCUGCUGUUGAAAGCUUCAAGAAGGCAUUGCAGCUGGAGCCAAAUGAUGCUGGAAUAAAAAAGGAGCUUGCAGCUGCUGUGAAGAAGGUUAACAAUAGGCGUGAUCAGGAGAGAAAGCAAUAUCAGAAGAUGUUCCAAUAACACUUACCUUGCCAACUGGCUAUUGAUUUUCUUAAAUGAUCAAAGCAUCAGAGUUCUUGUGCUAUUUCAUAGGGUGGUAGACUCAACUGGUUCAGGCCUUCUUUUGUUAAAAAACUCUGUUAUUCUGGAGUUAGUAUUAGGUAUUGUCGUUCAGCCUCUGCCUUGGUAUGUUUUUCCCUAAAAGUCCAUUCUUUGUUUCUGUGUAUUUAAAGCAUGCAGAGGGGAAAAAAAUAAAAACCUAUUAUAGUAAAAAGUUAAAUUUAUUAUUUUGAUAUGCCAAAUUGACAUAAUUUCUUGCAUGCGUCUUUAGUUAGUAAGGUCACAAGGAAUGCAUCUUACAUUUAUUACUUUUUUCAGGUUUUGUAGAGGGCGGGAGAAUCUUGAAAGUAAAGGGUAAAAACCAGGUUUGAACCAAUUCAUAUCAGAGUUUCCAUGGACAUUCAGUUCGGAUAGGUUUAGCGAAAAUUAGAACUUGAUUAAUAUUGAGAAAUUACUAUUUGAUGGACAUUAUGUUGUCAUGUUUCAGGAAAAAGUUGGUAUAAAAUAGAUGUUUUUGACUUCGGCCA